AAUCUACGCAGAUAUCGCAAGUCAACCAUAACACCUCACCAUGCGUUUCUCCAGCGUCCUCGCUCUACUCUCCCUGGCUGUCCUGCCUGCCUUCGCCAGUGCAGUCGACAACAACCAGGAAUCCUCAAUCAGCAAGCGCUGCUGCAUCCUCUGCGACAACCCCUACGCCCGCUGCGGCGCGAACGACAAGCGCGAGGCGGUCGAGACGGAGGAGGAGGCGCUCUUCGGCCCCGUCGCCAAGCGCUGCUGCGUCAACUGCGACGUCAACCGCUGCAAGCGCGACGAAGAGCCCGUGGCCUGGCCGGCGAAGCGCUGCUGCAUCCUGUGCGAUAACCCGUACGCGAGCUGUUUGACGAACGAUAAGCGGGAGGCAGUGGAGACUUUGGAGGAGGCUGUUGGGGAGUACUAG